CUGUUACCUGUAUUUCAGUGCAGGUACUCAGAGUGAACAGAAACCCUUCUGCACAAUAUUUAGUUUGGACUUGUGCUUUUGAAACACAAGACACUUCUUAAAAGGCCCUUCUCAGUCUGAGUAAAUCCUGGUUAGUUUGUUGUGGGGGUUUGGUUUGACUCAACCACAUGAUCGGAGUCAGGUGAUGGAAUUGGGAAGAAAAACUAAAAAAGAGACAAACUAUUAGCUGUAGGAGCUUAACAGCUGCUCUCGCUUAGUGAGGAGCCGUGACCCGCUUAGAAAAUGGGUUCCUUUCCCAGGUCUCUGCUUUGGAGUUUAGGUGCAGCUUGUUUGAUGGGUAUUGUUGUUGGACAAACGACUACUGCCCAGGUCUCUGCGGAAUCACCAGUGGUAUCUGCUGGUGUUUCAUCAGCUGCUCCAAAUGCAACCAUUGUCGGGGUCUCUACGGUAUCAACUACAGCUGUAACAGUAACAGCUGAAGUGCUGUCAACCACUGCAAACCCCACGGUGCCAUCUGCCACAACAGUAUCUGCUGAGGUUUCGUCCACCACCCGAACUGCAACAGUGUCCACUAUUCCAAAUAGGACCACUGUUCAGGUUUCUCCAGGACCAACAUCAGCUAUGACAGAAUCGGCUGGCAUAACAUCAGCUACCCCCCAUGGCACAGUACCUACCAGCAUGCUGUCUGCUGCUCCAAAUGUGACAGCAUCUGUUGGGGUUCCAUCAGCCACUCCAUUCGUAACCACCAUGGAGUCCAUAAACUGCAGUGCAGUGAACACAACAGCCUGUACAGCUUGUUCACCAGGAAUGUUUCCCAGCAAUGAGACAUUGGGUUGUGUAUGCUGCUCAGAGGGCUUCUGCGCAGACCCUAUUGCUUGCACACCCUGUCCAGUGGGUCACUAUCAGCCUCUAGCUGGACAACUGUCAUGUCUGCUUUGCCCACAAGGAUAUUACACUAAUUUAAUGAAAAGUGUUGUAUGCCUGCCCUGUCAGCCUGGCUCUUAUUCCAAUGAGUCUGGGGCACCAGCUUGCAGACCAUGUGGAAAAGGGCAUUUCAGCUUCCAGAAAAAUUCAGCAUUCUGCAUGCCGUGUCCACGUGGAUCAUUUUGCAAUACUACCAACUGCAGCAAUUGUACAAUGUGCCCCACUGGAGAAGAGGCCCUUACAGAAGCAUCUGAAGAAUGUUCACCUUGUCUGCCAGGUACAUAUAAAGGCCCCAGCAACAGCAAAUGUGAAAUCUGCAAUAUAGGAGAAUACCAAGUACGAAGGGGCAAGGAGAGCUGUGACAAAUGCCCAGAAAAUUAUUACUGUCCUAGUCCAGAUGUGAACCCAAUUGCGUGUCCUUCUAAUGCCUUCUGCCCAGCUGGGAGCACUCACCCACAAUAUUGUAUGGAAACAUUUCUUUAUAAGGCAGGAAACUCUUGUGAACUGGCUCCUCUAACCAUUGUAUUACUAGCCGUUUCUUCAGCAGGUGGAGUCCUUCUUGUGUCUGUAAUAAUUCUGAAACAAAGGCAAGAAAAUGGCAGGAAAACUGUAAAAUCUCCAUUACUUUCAAAAGGAGCGAGGCCACACACAACUUAUGGUGUGACUGGGCACACAGAACCAGUCUGGCUUAAUUCAAGAAUAAGGUGCAUCCUUACACAUUAUCACUCCCACCUCCAAGGGACAAAAUUGUGUGUCAUGGCAAUCCUCUCAAUUUCAACAACAGACAAUACCAGUUUGGACAAUACAAGAUAUUACCUCACCCACCUUGUGUGUCUACUCUUCUGGGACCAACACAGCUACACCACAACUGUCUACAGGAAUUAACCCUUGCAGCUAAGGCUGGGAUCAGCUAGCUCUAUCUCCUUACUGAGCAACAGAAGACUCACAGCAGAAUCAGCUCAUUGUCCAGACUGCCUAACUGGCUGCAGGAACCAAGAGGCACACUCUUAAGCCCAGCAGCAGCAUUACGCCAAUGGCUGCUCAGAACAUUCUCCCAGUAAGUUCCUCUGCUUACCUGUCCCCAGUCUUGCUCUUGCCUUCUUCCUGCUCUGGACCCAGACGUGCCUCAUUCCAGGUAACCCAGCUCUGACCCUCAACUCUGAUUCCUGAUUUCAGCUCUGACCCCUCACUCCAGCUCCGUAUCAGAGGGAUAGCCGUGUUAGUCUGGAUCUGUAAAAGCAGCAAAGAAUCCUGUGGCACCUUAUAGACUAACAGACGUUUUGGAGCAUGAGCUUUCGUGGGCGAAUACCCACUUCGUCAGAUGCAUGUAGUGGAAAUUUCCAGGGGCAGGUAUAUAUGUGCAAGCAAGCUAGAGAUAACGAGGUUAGUUCAAUCAGGGAGGAUGAGGCCCUGUUCUAGCAGUUGAGGUGUGAAAACCAAGGGAGGAGAAACUGGUUUUGUAGUUGGCAAGCCAUUCACAGUCUUUGUUU